UAUGCUGCAGAGUGUCCCUAUGGAUGCCACCCUGAAGCUGGUGCUGAGCAGGGCAAUUGGGGUUUAGCCUUUAAAUGUAGUCACCCUGUGUGGGACAAGCAGGGAGGUGGCAUGGCCAUGGGGCACAUCCCCAAGCAGCCACAACGUGUCCAGCUCAGCCUGUGACACCACCUCAUGCAGAUGCACAUAGGUGCGACAUGUGUGCACACACGAUGAGCACACACAUGAGGCCCAGGCUGCGUGCCAAGGGGCAUGAACACGCGCUGCCGUCACUGUGGUUCUGCCCAGGGACCUGACGACACCGUUUCACCAUUUCCUCUCUGCUUUGUGUUGCAUUUCCUGUGCUCAGAAACAUUGGGAAAGCCCUGGGCAGGGACAAGAGGACACGGGGCAAAGGGGAGACCCCAGCAGUCACCGCUCCAUGCUCCUGGGCUCCCCAGGCUGCAGCAUUCCCAUAACCAAGCCCUAAGAUGCUUGUGCUCCAGGAGGAAGGGUGAUGCCACCGCAGCCACAUCAGCCGUUGACAGCAGGAACCACAGAGCCCCAUGGUUCUGCCUCUGCCACUGCAGGCACUGGAGCUGCCCAGGGCUCCUGCUGUCAUUUGGGGUCCCUUCAAUCCCCCCCCGGCUUGCAGGACUGGUGCCAGCAUCACCCAAAGUCUCCCUUGCCCCUUCCACCAACAGAGCCCAACCUUUGCCCAGGGAAUCGGCACAACCACAACUGGUUACCAGCACAUUCCUGGACUCCUGCCCUUUCCCUCCCCUCCUUUCCCUGUGUCUGAACCUGGGCCAAGAGCAGCUGCUGAGUUUAGUGUGUGCACAAGAAGGCACCGACGACACUGGGUCAGGGGUGAUGGGAAGAGGCAGCAGCUCCCCAGCCGCUGGCAGGGAUGCAGGUACCACAUUGUGCCCUUGGGAAUUCACCCCUGUACCCCAAAACAUGAGCAGGGAGGCACAAGGGGAGAUGCCCCUCACUCCAACACAUGCAGCACUGAAAGGAUGGAAGCAGGGACCCUUUAAGGAGCUGGCAGGGGGUAACAUCUGCACCACCCGCGGGGUGAACUCCUGCAAGCAGUGCCUGGCUGUGAGCCCCCUCUGUGCCUGGUGCUCUGCCGAGGUCUUGGCACAAGGGUCCCCUCGCUGUGACCUGCUCACCAACCUCCUGGAGAAUGGCUGCGGGCACGACUACAUCGAGUCCCCCAGCAGCAGCGUGACCAUCCUGGAGGCCAGACCCCUCAGUGACAAGGGCUCAGGGAGCUCCAUCACCACCCAGAUGAGCCCCCAAAGAAUACGGCUGAACCUGCGGCCAGAUGAUUCCCAGAUCUUCCGUGUCCAAGUGCGUCAAGUGGAAGACUACCCCGUGGACAUCUACUACCUGAUGGACCUGUCCAACUCCAUGAAGGACGAUCUGAGGAACAUCCAGAACCUGGGCACAAAGCUGGCCAGUGAGAUGCGCAAGCUCACCAGCAACCUACGCAUCGGCUUUGGAGCCUUUGUGGACAAGCCCAUUUCCCCCUACAUGUACAUCUCCCCUCCAGAAGCCAUCAUCAACCCUUGCUAUGAGAUCGGGGAAACCUGCCUGCCCAUGUUUGGGUACAAGCACGUCCUGUCGCUCACGGAUGAGGUGACCCGCUUCAACGAGGAGGUGCGGAAGCAGAGUGUCUCAAGGAACCGCGACGCGCCCGAGGGUGGCUUCGAUGCCAUCAUCCAGGCCACCGUGUGCGAUGAGAAAAUUGGCUGGAGGAAUGAUGCUUCCCAUCUCCUCGUCUUCACCACGGAUGCCAAGACCCACAUCGCGCUGGAUGGCAGGCUGGCCGGCAUCGUGCAGCCCAAUGAUGCCCAGUGCCACAUUGACAAGGACAAUUUCUACUCUGCCUCCACCACACUGGACUAUCCCUCUCUGGGCCUGAUGACUGAGAAGCUCUCCCAGAAGAACAUCAACUUGAUCUUUGCUGUGACAGAUACAGUGGUUGGCCUCUACCAGAACUACAGUGAGCUGAUCCCAGGCACAACCGUGGGCACCUUGUCCAGAGACUCCAGCAACGUCUUGCAGCUCAUAGUGGACUCCUAUGGGAAAAUCCGCUCCAAGGUGGAACUGGAGGUGCGUGACCUCCCUGAAGAGCUGUCCCUGGCCUUCAAUGCCACCUGCCUCAACGACGAGGUCAUCCCUGGGCUCAAGUCUUGUGUAGGGCUCAAGAUUGGGGACACGGUGAGCUUCAGCAUCGAGGCCAAGGUACGGGGAUGCCCGCGGGAGCGGGAGAAGUCCUUCACCAUCAAACCCGUGGGCUUCAAGGACAAUCUGACCGUGGUGGUGAACUUCGACUGCGACUGCUCCUGCGAGAGCCAAGCGGAGGCCAACAGCUCCUCCUGCAGCGGAGGCAACGGCACCCUGGAGUGCGGCGUGUGCCGCUGCAACGCCGGGCGCCUGGGCUCGCACUGCGAGUGCUCGGAGGAGGAGUACAACCCCUCGCAGCAGGACAACUGCAGCCCCCGGGCGGGCCAGCCCCUCUGCAGCCAGCGCGGGGAGUGCAUCUGCGGGCAGUGCGUGUGCCACAGCAGCGACUUCGGGAAGGUGACGGGCAAGUACUGCGAGUGCGAUGACUUCUCCUGCGUGCGCUUCAAGGGGCAGAUGUGCUCGGGCCAUGGGCUGUGCAGCUGCGGGGACUGCCUGUGCGACCCGGACUGGACCGGUGACUACUGCAACUGCACCACGCGCACGGACACGUGCAUGUCCAGCACCGGGCUGGUGUGCAGCGGCCACGGCUCCUGCGUCUGCGGCAAGUGUGACUGCACCCAGCCCGGCUCCUAUGGAGACACCUGCGAGAAGUGCCCCACGUGCCCGGACGCCUGCACCAUCAAAAAGGAGUGCGUGGAGUGCAAGAAGUUUGAGCGGGGGACGCUGGUGGAGCAGCAGUCCUGCAGCCGCAUGUGCCGCGAUGAGAUCGAGACCGUGCAGGAGCUCAUUGACAGGGGCAAGGAUGCUGUGAACUGCACCUACAAGGAUGAGAACGACUGCGUGAUGCGGUUCCAGUACUAUGAGGACUCCAGCGGCAAGUCCAUCCUCUACGUUAUCGAGGAGCCCGACUGCCCGAAGGGGCCGGAUGUCCUGGUGGUCCUGCUCUCGGUGACGGGCGCCAUCCUGCUCAUCGGCCUCGCUGCUCUGCUCAUCUGGAAGCUCCUCAUCACCAUCCACGACCGCCGGGAGUUCGCCCGUUUCGAGGAGGAGAAGGCCAGGGCCAAGUGGGACACGGGCCACAACCCUUUAUAUAAGGAGGCUACAUCUACCUUCACCAACAUCACGUACCGCGGGAACUGAGGAUGCCGCAUCCAGCGCUGCCAUGGGAUCACCCUGUGUGCUCUGUUGGAGUCCAGUUUACAGAAGAGCUCAAGUGUGUUUGUGUGUGUGUGAAUGUCUGUGUGUAAUUUAACAACCCCUCGACUGCCUCCAGAGCCCUGUAACUGCAGGGAUGUGCUUUCCAUGGCAAACCUCUCGUCCUUACCUCGGUGGGUCGCCCCGCAGGAGCCGGCGGCCCCUCCAUACACUGAACAUGGAGAAACGGGACUUUGUCUGCCUGGCCAGUUUGUUAACCCUUUGGUGCUCAUUGGGCCAGGUGGAUUUCAAGAGCAGAUGCUCAAACCAAGUGCUGAGCUGUCAUCUCCUCCUGGUGAAGCUCUGCCUGCUCCGAGCAUCUUUUCGUGCACUGGACAGAUGUGGACCUCUUGGGUACAGGAGCCAUCCCUUGGCUUUGUGGACUGAGGACACUGCUCAAGCAACCCAUCAGCCCUGUCUUUCAGGCAAUACUCUGGCCCAGGAUGCUGUAAAGCAGCGCCCCAGCAUCGUGGUGCCCUUCCUUUCAUGUUCCACCAUUGGCCAACCCUAUGUAGCAUCAGCUGUGCUGGUUCCAGCUGCAGCCCCUGGGCUGGUGCUGAGCUCCCCAUGUCCCCCUCCACUGUCUCCAUUCCACAACGCACACAGAUGCACAGGCAGCAGCCUCAGGAACACUGUGCUGCCCGUUACCCCUGAGCCUGGCCACCUUUCUUCCUUUGCUGUGCUUUUUGGGCUGUGUAACUGCACCAAGCUUGGUUUUCUGGUUCUAGAGGAGCAGGCACCAUUCAGGUCGUGUCCUGCUGCCUGGAGCUGUUGUCCUGUUGGGAAAAACAAAGCAAUGUCCUGAUAGCAGAGUUUGCUGUAACAGUGCUUGCUGCCCUACCCCAGGGAGAGCACAGGGGCUCUAAGGGGUAGCUUCAUCCCCUUUGAUUGCACUAAAAUUGCAUCAGUGCCUGGUGUGGGGCUAGUCCCGAGGGCCCCAAUUGCCUGAGCUGGUGGUGGCCGUGUCCCUGCUCCCUGGCUGUGUAGGAGCAGGGGCAGGGGUUGGAUGGGCAGCACCAGAGCAGCAGUGAUUCACACCAUGGAAAUAACCAUCCAUACAAUAAAAGAUGUCAAACA